CGCUCUCGGCUGUGCGGAGAUCAUAAAAAGACGCGAGGUCAGAGUUGAGAAGGGUGUCAUUUGCGCUUGGCAACGGAUUACGACGAAAGCUGGUGGAUAUUUUACAUGUUCGGCGGGGUUUAGCGUGCAGAAUACAUUUGUUCGAGUGGACUCUAGCAGUGAACCAAAAUGGCAGCUUCAGGCAUAGCUGAACAUAUGGAAGCCCGUCGUCGCCAGCAGCAAAUGAACAAGAAAGCGGCAUGGAUUUUAGAAAAGCUUGACUCGGAAGACCUGGAGGAGAAACUACAGGCAUAUCGUCAACAGGAGGGUGGGAACAUGAGCACUUAUCAGAGUGAACUGACCCCAUCCUGUGAUCAGACCAAUGCUAUGUCCACAGACAAACAAAGGAGAGACGCAGUCCAUAAGACUCAGCUGGUGGAAUAUUCAGCCAAAAUUCCAAACCGAUAUAAUUCCACCAACUAUUCUCAGCAGUGGUAAACAACAUCAAGAAGACCAUUUUUUACCAUUUUCAACAGAUGUUUUGUGCUUACAAGUUUUGGCCAAGGCAGGACAAUAUCUUCGGUGUUGUUUGAUGGAGCAAUGAUUUCAAGAAAUUCUUUACAUUUUCAAAACUUUAAAUACUGGUUUGUUUUUGUGAGAAACUGUGUGUUCACAUUUAUACAAGAUAAGUUAUUUUAUACACAAAUGUUCAUGGAUAUUCCUGUUUCGAGUCACAAACACUGAUUUGUACAAGCGCUACCGUGUGAGUGUUGAUCAUGCACACGAGAAAUGUUGGUUGUUUUCAGUUAAUAUUACUUGGCUGAUUCUUAGUCUGCCUGUGAAUGUUUUCGUGUAAAUCCUUGGUGUCUGUGAUUGAUUUGUUUGAUUUAAUGAUUUUUGUCAUGGUGUUAAGCCACAUGUGAAAAAUAACACUUGUAUGACAAGACAUGUAAGCUAUCAGGGUAUGGUACUGUGAUGAGAGCUGUCUACAUUCUAAGCUGCAGUAUUAUUGACAGAGUGUGCUUUUUAUGAGCUAUUUAUGUAAGCUUUAAAAUUAUUUUACACAUUUUUUUCCAUUGAAAGAAAGCUUGUGCAAGAGCCUAUCAGUAUUAAAGCUGUUAUGAA